AUGAUGCCCAUUGGGGUACCUAGAGUACCCUACAGGGCCCCACAGGCAGGUGGAUGGCAGUGGGUGGAUAUCUGGAAUUGCCUGUACCGGGAACGGAUCAUCUUUUUAAGCAAGGCUGUGGAUGAGGAGUUGGGGAACCAGCUUGUGGCCACAAUGCUUUAUUUGGAUUCAGAGAACAAGAAGGACAUCACGCUGUACAUCAACUGCUCGGGAGGAGAUGUGGUGCCCUGCUUGGCCAUCUUUGACACAAUGAAGUACAUCGGCAGCGAUGUGGGCACUGUUGGCUUUGGCGGCUGCAUGGGCAUGAGCGGCUUCCUUCUGGCUGUUGGCAAGAAGGGGAAGAGGUAUGCGCUGCCCAACACGCGCAUCAUGCUGCAUCAUCCCUCGGGCUCUGCGCGCGGCCAGGCAUCGGACAUCAACAAUGAGGCGCGCGAGCUCAUGCGGCUCCGCAACUAUGUCAACCAGGUCCUCUCACAGGCCACCGGCCAGCCCAUUGAGAAGGUCCAGUUUGACUUCAACCGGAACAAGUACUUUGACACCAAGGAGGCACAGGAGUACGGAGUCAUUGACCAGGUUGUUCGGCCCCUGCGCACCCAAACUCUGGGCGUCUGA